AGCCGAAGAUCCUCUACACUGGUAUUUUGAGUUGUUAUUCUUCUCUGCUUUUAAAGUCUACCAUCAUAUUAACUCUUUUUAAAAUGUCACAUCCUUUGCAAAAGCAACACAAAAUCACUGUUUAGCUAAGGUUGUCAUAUAGUACAUUUUGUACAUGAUCCCCAUAUCAAAAACCAUUUCAAUCACCAAUAAGAACUAUUGAUAUUGUGAAAUAUGAACUUCAGUCAGCAUGUGUCUUGCACAUGGCAGAACACCACUAAUAUUUAAUGAAACGGGUGAAAAUAUUUAUCUUGUAAUUUGUGAUACAGGUAUAGUUUGGAAAUCAAUAAGCAUGGACAGAUUGUGGGUAGAGAUGAAAUGUAUAAAAAUGGCCCGGAGUCAAUUUUUCCACUUGUUACUAUGGUUACCAUACAUUAAGAUGAAGAUUAUUUCAAGGCAUUUUGUCCGUUUUUUUUUUUUUGCUGUUGGUAAAUGAUGCAGAGAACUUAAUACUGAUGGUUUCCCCCUUAUUAAUCAAGCAAGUGGCAAAUUCAUCAGCAGUCAGAGAAGACAUGGAGGGGGACAGAGUAGAGAGGAGAACAUUGUGAAUAUUUUCCAUGUGUCUGAGGUGUUGCUGAUCUUGUUUUGGUAAUAAGAGACCUUGGCAACAAAAACUCUAGAGGAGAAAUGGAAUGGGAGGAAAUGAUACUUGCUCAAUUUAGCUGGGUCUUUUGUCUUGUGCCAUUUCCUCUCAGGAACUCUGAGCUUGGUUCUAUGGUGGCGAAGCAUAUCUGUUUGCAAGAUAAAUGAUGCUUUGUAAUGCAAAAGUAAUUUCACACACAGCAUGUUGUGUUUGCAUGUGUGCUUUGUUAGUUACUCCACUUUUCCUUACGUUUAUACAUUUCUUUUAUUCAUAUUUCAUGAUGUUCCUUGAGCGCAAGAGUGUACCCGCUGCUCAAGAAUUUCGAAGGACAUCGUUAUUGGCCUCUAUAAGCCUCUGCACCCUGUCUGAAAAACAUCUCUAUGCGUGUGCGUGCUUUGGGUGUGUGCGAGAACAGCGCACCUCAUGGUGUUGAAAAAUGAAAGCGAAGUACUGAAUGAAAUUGAAGAGAAAGAUCAUUAUAAGAAUCAUGAUGAUUUCAUAACUGGAGAAAAAACCUUUAGCUGCUCAGAAAAUGAAAAGUCUCCUUCACGAAAAAGGUCUCAAAAGACUGGAACUAAAAGUUAUUUCACUUGCCAACAGUGUGAAAUGUGUUUUAGUCAACAUAAAAAGCUAAAAGUCCACAUGAGAAUUCACACAGAAGAGAAGCCUUAUACCUGCCAACAGUGUGGAAAGCGGUUCGCUUACAAAGUAAGCCUUAAAAGGCACAUGAGAAUUCACACAGAAGAGAAGCCUUAUACCUGCCAACAGUGUGGAAAGCGGUUCGCUUACAAAGUAAGCCUUAAAAGGCACAUGAGAAUUCACACAGAAGAGAAGCCUUAUACCUGCCAACAGUGUGGAAAGCGGUUCGCUUACAAAGUAAGCCUUAAAAGGCACAUGAGAAUUCACACAGAAGAGAAGCCUUAUACCUGCCAACAGUGUGGAAAGCGGUUCGCUUACAAAAUAAGCCUUAAAAGGCACAUGAGAAUUCACACUGGAGAAAAGCCUUAUAUAUGCCAUCAGUGUGGAAGGAGUUUCAGUCAACCUGGAAACCUUAACGUCCACAUGAGUGUUCACACUGGACAGAAGCCUUUCACCUGCCAACAGUGUGGGAAGAGUUUCAGCCGAAAAGGAAACCUCAAUUUCCACAUGAGAAUUCACACUGGAGAGAGCCUUUUCACCUGCCAACAGUGUGGAACCAGUUUCACUCAAAAAGUAAGCUUUAACAUGCACAUAAGGAUUCACACUAGAGAGAAGCCUUAUACCUGCCAAGAGUGUGGAAAAAGUUUUGAUCAACAUGAAAACCUAAAAGUCCACAUAAGACUUCACUCUGAAGAGAAACCCUACACAUGCCCUCAGUGUGGAAAGAGCUUCAAUCAAAAAGGACACUUUGAAGACCACAUGAGAAUUCACUUAGGAGAGAAACGCUACACAUGCCCUCAGUGUGAAAAGAGUUUUAAUCAAAAACGACACCUUGAAGACCACAUUAGAAUUCAUACAGGAGAGAAGCCUUUCACCUGCGAACAAUGUGGAAAAAGUUUCAACCGAAAAGGAAUCCUUAACAGACACAUGAGAGUUCACACUGACGAGAAGCCAUUCAUAUGUGGUCACUGUGGAAUGAGUUUUAAAUAUAAAGUAGGCCUUAGGUACCACAUGAGUAUUCACAUAUGAGAGAACUGUUUUUAUGUUAUCAGUUUGGAAUUUGUUUCACUGACCGGAAACCUUAUGUUUGUGAGACAUAAUUAGCUGAUUACUGUUACAGUACUAAAUCACAUCAGAGGGUCAAAUUCCCUGAUUGAUUAGUCAAAUGAAGAAUAAACUAGUUAAAAUUUUAGAGACUCACGAGUCUCUCUGAAGAUUUAAACAAGACUUCAGAUUAAAUCAUGCCUACUCUGCAUGUAUGAAAAUCAAUCAGAAUGCUGGACAGCUAUUAUAAUAAAAUUAAUUUAAAUUGAACAUGGCCCUUUGCACACAUUAGCAAUCAUGUAAUAACUCACACCAGAGAGAAGCCUCAUAACUGAGGUUACACCUGCAGAAAUAAGGCAAUUCUGAGGUUCACAUAAGCACCCCCGAUAUACAGUAGGCAAAAAACCUGAGCAGUGGACUUAAACUUAGAGGAAUGGUUUACCUAAAAAUGAAAAUUUUUCUCACACUCUGGGAUUUUUAAGAUUUUUAGCUGAAACCGUGGUCCUUGGUGAUUCAUUAAAUGCAAUUCAGCAACUGUCCAUAUUUGAGAAUAAAAAAAGCAUUUUGAGGAACACAAAAUUAAUACCAGUAAUACCUGAUGAUAUAUUGAGGUCUUAUGAAGGGAAACAAUUAGUCUGAGCAAGAAACUGAAUAUUAUUUACAUUAUAUUAGCAUACAGAGCCAUCUACUCUAUUUAUCUCUUGUGGUACUUUGUCAAGUCAAUUCACCUUUAUUUGUAUAGCACUUUAUACAAUACUGAUUGUGUCAA